ACUCCCUGCUCUUACGCAUAUUCUGAAUGGUUUAGUCACUGCUAACCGAACCCUCCUGCAGCCCCCUAGGGAAACACAAGAGGAAGGGGGUGGUGGUUGUGAUGACAAGCUUGCCACUUAGCAGAAUAGGCCUAUGGGGACGUAAGUGUGGGCAACCCUCUCUGCUCUUACAUGGACAAGCCUCACUGCCACUGUUUUGCCAUGCUCUCGGUGACACUGUUUGGGCAACACAGACAGCUUUUUUCCACCCAACAGGUCGUCUGCUGUGUGGUUUGACUGAACAUCUUGGAUUUAAAAUGGCCAUCCGAUACAUCAAGCACAAGUACCUCUGGAUUUAUGUUUUGAAUUAUGAGAAACUGUAGAAUAAAACAAUAAUGGAGAUUCCACCCGUGGUGAAUUUGGAGGGAUGUGAGUCUUGGACAGCUUCAGGAUUGCAAAAAGUAGCCUUCUCAAGACAAGAGUUGACCUCAGAAAGCUCUGCUCUCUCCGCUAACGGCUCAGCAGACCACAGAGGAGAAAAUUGUCUCCCUGAAGCCCAAAGCUCGCUGUUGGAGCCAGAUGAGGACAUACACAAGCUGAAGAAGAGUUUUGUUUGUGUCAGUCAUAAAAACAUUGAAUUUGCAGAAGUUGUGUAUGCACAGGAGCGUGAACAGUCAGUCAUUCCCAGUGAAGCACCCCCGCAGCCAAGUCCGCUGGCCUCAGCUCAGCUUCAUGAUGCAGGUAUUUUGACCACUUUACCUAGGUCAAAUGACUGCUGCUGUUCACUUCCUGUUCCUGUUGCAGAAGGCCACUCAGACCAGGUGGUUUAUAAUCAUGCUGGUCAGACAGUAGAUUUGAAAACAGACUUCAGGAGGUUAGAGCCAAUCUCAAAUGGCCAUGUCUUUCUGCCUCCAGAGGACCCGUGUCCCAUCCUCAAUGGGGACUCCACUCCUACCCUCACUGUCCCUGUGACUGUCCCUGUUUCCGACCGGAGAGUCCUGGAUCUCCCACGCAUUGUGAAGCACAAACCGAGCUCCAUCACCUUCUCCCACUUCACCUGUCCCUCCGGAGCCGACGGCCACGCUUUUGUCAAUGAGAGUUCUGACGAUGGACAGUCUUCACUGGAGGAGGAGGAGGAGGAUGAUCAUGAUGAUGAAGAUGGUGAUGAUGAUGAUGUGUUCCCAGAGUUGCCUCAGAGUAGAGAGUAUCUUGUCAACCACAGACAAAUGAGCAAAGGCGAAUUGAAGACGAGAGGCGCUGUGAGUGCCCAAGCAGAAAUCGUUCCCGCGGCCACAGACUGGGGUUAUGAAGCAGAGGAGGACACCAGCAGUAAGGAGGAGUCCCCACAGGUCAAGUCUCCCUGGUCGGAGUCAAUGAGCCAUCUGAUGAGGAAACUGGACCAGCUUAAUCUAGACAUAGAGGAGGCUCUGAGUGCAAACUCCUCCCCCUCCGACACACCCUGCACAACCCGCAAGAAACAGUGGGGUGCUGUUUCAAAGUCCACAUUAAACCCAGCCCUGAACGACCAAGUUCUCCAGAAACCAGACAGGGGGGAAUGUCCGAGCCAGGACAGGUCUUCUGCUCCUCGCAGCGCCUCAAUGGAAACACAAGCAACAACCAAAAAGACGAUGUUCAAUAAGAUGACCAACGCAGCAGCAGCAGCAGAAAUUGAGGCGAAAGAGGCGUGUGACUGGCUGCGGGCAGCAGGAUUUCCCCAGUAUGCGCAGCUCUUUGAAGAUUCCCAGUUCCCCAUUGACAUUACUCCUGUGAAAAGAGAUCAUGACUUUUUGGACAAAGAUCUUGUGGAACCUCUGUGCAGGCGACUCAACACCUUGAACAAGUGUGCCUCUAUGAAACUUGACGUGAACCUUCCGAAGAAGAAAAGUGAAGACUCUGAUGAAGAAGACCUGUUUGCUAUCAGUGACAAAUGGACCUUUGAGUGGAGCAGCCGACGUUGGUCCAGGUUACAGGACAUUGACUGUCUGCUGGGAAACCACGGAGAGGGUCAGCCCUGCAGAGACAGCGUGCCUCUGAGAACCACCACCAGCAGCGAGAGUGUUCUAACGGACCUCAGCGAGCCGGAGAUCUCUUCUUUGCACAGUGAGAGCAGCGGUGGCAGCGGCCAUAGGGGUCUCAGCACAGAGGACUCCGACUGCUCCAACCACAUCGGCUCCGAUUCUGCAGCAAUGCCUGAUUCUACUUCUCUCACAAUGCCUCACAUCCCCAAAGAAAUUGCUCACUACGGCUCACUACCCGAUAAGCACGGCAAGACAAGCCGAAUCCGUGCCAAAGACUUCCUGAGGCGCAUGGAGACACUGCGCUCCCGAGGAACUCUGGGAAGGGGUCGUAAGACGUUGGUCAUAAGCGCUCCAGUGCUGCAGCAGGAGGCCCAGGCGCUGAAGACGCUGCAGUGCGUCCAGAUCAUAAAUGGAGAUGGUGGGGCUCCAGAAAUACCGUCCCAAAAAGUUCUGUCGUCCCAGUCCGGGAGUGAGGGUAGCAGCCAUUCUAGUGGCAGCGCUGUCAGCACACCCAGCCUGAAAGAACGUAAGCCUCACCGGGCUGACUACAAGCGCAGCGGCAUGUAUUUAGAGGACAUAGACAUCUUCUCGGGCACCCAAGUGAAUAAAGUCGCGGAACAAAACCGCAGGAAUGAAUUCUGCUCCUAUGAAGAUCUGGUGGUCCAUAUUCCCAAAGACCACAAGCCAGGAACCUUCCCCAAAGCACUGUCCAUAGAGAGCCUGUCCCCAAUGAAUGGAGCCUCUAUCAACUGGCACACAGGGAGCAUGCACCUAGACUCCCAUCUUAUUUCAUGCAGGAAGGAAUCCAGGCCUGUCACCCAGUGCUGCUCCAGAGGCAGCCGCAUCAGUGUGUAUGAUAAUGUUCCUGGCUCACAUCUGUAUGCCAGCACCGGAGACCUGAUAGACCUGGAGAAAGAGGACCUGUUCCCUCACCUGGACGACAUCUUGCUGCAUGUCAAUGGUCUACAGCAGAUAGUGGACCACUGGUCUAAGAAUGUGUUGCCUGUCGGAGAAGGGCUGGCACAGUUGGAUGGCGGGAGGGAACAUACAGUAGGCCUUCAGUCCUCUAGUCAGAUCACAUUGGACUUUGAGGGAAAUUCGGUCACAGAAAGCCAGACCACACCAAGUUACGGGGAUAGAGACAGAGUAUCACUCGCUGAGACAGAAUCUACAAUGCUCAGGGAAAGGAGGGACUCCGGAGUAGGUGCUUCACUCACAAGACCUAAUCGGUUACGAUGGCCCAGCUUCCAGAUAUCUCAUCGCCUAAGUCACUCAGUGGCAUCCCUGCAGAUCACCAACCAGUCAGCAGGCCAGCUGAGUUUGUUGCAGAAGUUUUCUCUGCUGCGCCUUACUGCAAUCAUGGAGAAGUACUCCAUGUCCAACAAGCAUGGCUGGACCUGGUCUGUGCCAAAGUUUAUGAAGAGAAUGAAGGUACCAGACUAUAAGGAUAAGAACGUGUUCGGAGUGCCUCUCAUAGUGCAUGUGCAGCGCUCUGGACAGCCGUUGCCCCUCGGCCUGCAGCAGGCCCUGCGCUACCUGAGGAGCCAGUGUCUUGACCAGGUGGGUCUCUUUCGUAAAUCAGGGGUAAAGUCUCGAAUUCAAGCUCUUAGGCAGAUGAAUGAGAAUUCCCCAGACAAUGUGAACUAUGAAGAUCAGUCUGCCUAUGAUGUGGCUGACAUGGUGAAGCAGUUUUUCAGGGAUCUACCUGAGCCUCUGCUUACCAGCAAGCUGGGGGAGACCUUCCUCCAUAUCUACCAAUAUGUGCCGAAGGACCAAAGGUUGCAAGCUGUCCAGGCAGCCAUCAUGUUGAUGUCAGAUGAAAACCGAGAGGUGCUGCAGACACUGCUCUGUUUCCUCAGCGAUGUCACUUCUUCUGUGGAGGAGAACCAGAUGACACCCAUGAACAUUGCUGUGUGUCUAGCCCCCUCCCUCUUUCAUCUCAACAUACUCAAGAAAGACAAUCUCUCACCAAGGGCCAUGCAGAAGAAGUAUGCCACUGGCAGACCAGACCAGAAGGAUCUGAAUGAAAACUUAGCAGCAACACAGGGCCUUGCUCAUAUGAUCACAGAGUGCAACCGUCUCUUUGAGAUCCCUCAUGAGAUGGUUACUCAGUCGCGUAAUUCCUACGUGGAGGCUGACUUGCAUGCACCAACAAUUGAGGAUCUGUGCAAGCAGCUGGAAGAUGGUGAUGGAACGUACCAAAUUCAUAUGGAGGGUAGACUUCAGAACACGCUCAAAGAGGCACGGGAAAAGUCCAAAUACUGGGUGUCCUGCAGCAGCUCUGAUAACACAGAGCUCUACUAUAAGAAGGUGGGAGAUUGGAACCCUCUGAGACGUUGGCGAGUGUCUGUGGAGGUGGAAGCACCACCAUCUGUAGUGUUGAACCGUGUGCUACGAGAGCGCCACCUGUGGGAUGUGGACCUGCUGCAGUGGAAGGUGUGUGAGACGCUGGACAAGCAGACAGAGGUGUUUCAGUAUGUCCUCAAUCGUAUGCCCCCUCAUCCCAGCAGGGACUUUGUAGUACUCAGGUCAUGGAGGACAGACUUACCCAAAGGCGCCUGCUCCCUGGUUUCUGUGUCUAUAGAGCACCAGGAUUGUCCUCCUGUUGGAGGGGUACGAGCUAUAGUCUUGGAGUCCAACUACCUGCUAGAGCCCUGCGGCUCUGGAAAGUCCAGACUAACUCACAUCUGCAGAGUGGACUUGAAGGGAAGGACUUCAGACUGGUACAACAAAGCCUAUGGUCACCUUAGUGCCGCAGAAGCUGCGCGGAUCCGCAACUCCUUUCAGCCGUUAAUCACAGCCGGCCCAGAGACCAAAAUCUGACCCUCUUUGUGUCUGCUCAGCCUUGAGAUCAAGAUUGAGCCUUUGAGUCACUGCUAACAGGCAGACACAAAACACAGACAGGACCCCAGAACUAAAGCACAGUUUAUUCCGGGUUUAUUUCCAGAGUAGAAAUGCUCUGAAAAUGAUGUUGAUCUCCUCUGUACUUGCACAAUGACUAGAGGACAUCUUAUAGGUGCUGAGCAUAAUUACUCAAUGGGAAAUUAAUCAUCCUGCCAAUGUCCUCAGUAUUAGGAUUGUAUUGACCUUGAUGUAGCUAAACCUGUAUAUUAUAAUUAUUAUCUUUAAUAUUAUUGUAUUACUGUUUCUUUUAUCUACAAUGUCUAGGACAUUUAAGCUCUUAAGCGCUUCUGGGAAGCUGUUAUUCAUUUCAGAUUUAAAGCUAUAAUUAUUAUGAUGUAGACUCAAAUGUCUGUAUAUACAUGUGUGAAUAUACUGACCAUGCAAACAAGAUGUAUAUAUUGUAUAUAUGUGAAGGGCUAAAUAGUACAUAUGUUAAUAUCCUAUAUAUUGAUUAUUUCACUGUGUCAACCUUCCUGUAGUACACAUGGUACUAAAUUGUAAGCUGGUUUUACUUUGCUUCAGUAUUGCCAUUUUGGAAUGGGUGUAAUUUUAUUCAACUUUGACCUCCCAUGGUUGUGAAAAGAAUGACUUAAGGUUUGACUUGAUCAUACCUGCUUAAGGGUACUGGAUUGUGCAGUCAAGUACAAGACACAUUUUUUAAUAAAACUAUCAAAAUUA